GGUAUAAGCAUUGGCUAAAAGUAGUGUACUAUUUAGGGAAUAGAGUGCCAUUUGAGAUGCAGACAUGGUCUUCUCUAUAUCCCCUUAUAUCCAUAUACCAGUCAUUUGUUUACUGUUGUUUUUGUUUUUCUUAUAAUUGCCUAUUGUAAAGUCUUUGGAUCUGAAAAAAAUGAUUAGAUCCUGGACCUGCUGUGGAGUGACCCCAUGCCUCAGAAUGGCUGCGUGCCCAGCGAGGUGUGGGGAGGAGGCUGCUCCUGGGGGCCAGAUGUCACCCAGGGCUUCCUCAACAGACACAACAUGCAGCUCAUCAGCCGCUCCCAUGGGUGCAAGCAGGACGGCUACAAGUUCUGCCACAACCGCAGGUGUGAAGUGGGCUGCAACAGGGGGGCCUACAUGAAACUGGGACCAGACCUUGUGCCUUACUUGAUUCAGUAUCAGGCUAGCAGUAUGACUCGAACUCACCCUGAGGAAAAAUGUGCGGAAGGCGGGAAUAUUCAGCCCUCAAGGUCCUGCUGGAACAGUUGUUUUCACACAAGUCGGACCUCGUCAGUGCCUUUCAAGAGUUUGACAAAGACAAAACAGGCGUUAUAACCUCAGUAUAGACAUGAUCAAAUAUUAUUCCAAAGGAUUAUGAGUUUGUGGGUUAAUCCAACCAACACCCCUUUCACUUGUUUGUGCUCAUAUUUCAUAAGAAAUAAACAGACUAAAACAUUAAGCAAUUCCCUCUUCUCAACACAGGGCAGGUGUCUCUGAAUGACUCUGCCACGGAGGUAGAAAAUGUGCUGCGUCUAGGCCUGUCCUGAAGGAUGCUGCUCUCCGGGCUAGCUAGCUGAGACCACGGGGGGCAUGUUGGACUACCAGGAGUAGUUCUGGGAACUAUCCAUAAAAAGACAAAUAUCCUGUUUAGGAAAGGCGUGCUGCUAGCGGGACACCUCGACAACAUCC